AUGCUGAACAGCAUCACCGAUGGUCUCCUGUGCUGCCUGAUGGGCAAGACCACCAACGCCGUGGGGCCGCUGGACAGCGUUGAGUCCAGCAAUGGCUACAGCUUCAUGGAGGUGAAGCCAGGCAGGAUCCUGAGGGUCAGGCACAGCAUUCCAACCCGGCCAGCCCCGGAGGAGCCCGAGGAACCACAGCCAGGGGCAGCAGAGAGGGGAAUGGUGCACUGCAAGCGCAGGAUCACGCUGUACCGCAACGGGCAGCUGCCCAACAGCACCGUGGAGCUGGAGAUGUCUGAUGUGGCUGGCCAGGCUCCCAGCCAGGGCCCUGCCAGCACUCCAGGCUCGCGGGAAGCAGCCACCACCCCCGGGAAGAGACGCAAGCGCAAGCCCAAGAAGGUCGUCAACAUCGACUGCAAGAAGCAGAUCACAAGCUGCAAAGGGACACACAGUGAUGUGGUGCUGUUCUUCAUCCAUGGCGUGGGGGGCUCGCUGGACAUCUGGAAGGAGCAGCUGGACUUCUUUACCAAGUUGGGCUACGAGGUGGUGGCUCCUGACCGGGCUGGCCACGGCUGCAGCUCGGCGCCGCAGAUCGCCGCCGCGUACACCUUCUACGCGCUGGCCGAGGACAUGAGGGCUGUCUUCAAACGUUAUGCCAAGAAGAGGAACAUCUUGAUAGGACAUUCCUAUGGGGUGUCCUUCUGCACCUUCCUUGCCCACGAGUACCCAGAGCUGGUCCAUAAGGUGAUCAUGAUCAAUGGUGGUGGCCCCACAGCGCUGGAGCCAAGUCUCUGCUCCAUCUUCAACAUGCCAACCUGCGUGCUGCACUGCCUGUCCCCCUGCCUGGCCUGGAGCUUCCUCAAGGCUGGCUUUGCUCGCCAAGGUGCCAAAGAGAAGCAGCUGCUGAAGGAAGGCAAUGCCUUCAACGUCUCCUCCUUCGUGCUUCGUGCCAUGAUGAGUGGGCAGUACUGGCCAGAGGGGGAUGAGGUGUACCACGCUGAGCUGGCUGUACCCGUGCUCCUGGUCCAUGGGAUGCACGACAAGUUUGUCCCAGUGGAAGAAGAUCAACGAAUGGCUGAGAUCCUGCUGAUUGCCUUCCUGAAGGUGAUCGACGAGGGCAGCCACAUGGUGAUGAUGGAGUGUCCCGAAACGGUGAACACGCUGCUCCACGAGUUCGUCCCGUGGGAGCCAGAGCCGCCC